CUUUUUUUUUAUUGCCCUUUUCCUUUUUGUUGUUGUUGUUAUUGUUUUUACAAACCCUUUUUAUUAUCUAAUACAGCUUGAAAAAAAAAUGAACAGUAUCAGUUGUCCUGCACCUCAACUAAAAGCAACUGGAAAUUUCUUUUCUCCUGAAGCUAUGUCCUAUGGUCGUAAUACCACAAAAAUAGAAUCUUUUGAAUUCCAAGAAUUUGAACAAUUGAAAACCACAGAUUUUAUGAUGGAUGCAUCAGUAAAUUCAAUCAACAAUCUUGCAACUAAUCCAGUCGCUUGCGAUCUCCAAGAAGUGAUUGCUUACUAUCAAUCACAGCCUGAACUUUUGAGGCUGAUUUUAUUGAGCAAAGUAGAAGAGGACAAGCGUCGUUCAGAAGAAGCUAAACUUAGAGCUAAAGAACUCGAUAUGCUUUUGCUCCAACAACAACAACAGUUGGCUGCCGUUGGAACUCCUGAUACCUCUUUUGUCUCUCCACAAUCUUGUGCUAUCAAUAAUAACAAUAACACCUUUGUGCCAAAUGGCAGUAACAAUUUGAUGAGCACAAAUCAAUUCGUUAGUCCUACAACAAGAAAGCUUAGUGCUCUGGACAUUCUGAUGGACGAUUCUGACUGCCGUAACCGUCGAGACUCUGCAUUAGGUUCUUCUUUUGAUGGCAGUGCUAAUUCUGAGGAAUUAGACGACUGUACCUUUUCUCCAAAUCCAUCUAUGCUUUCUAUGAGCUUUCCACCACCUAUCCAUACAACAGCUAAUACAAACACUAGACACUCACUACAACCUCUUUCUCCAGCAUAUACUUUAUUACAAGCAAACUCAUUAGAAAACAGCUCUAUCUCUCCUCAAAUCACUCAAUCUCCUGAACAAUUGCCUGAACAAGUCCAGGAUCGUCGAUAUGAUAAUACUUAUUUCCCCCAACGUCCUCGCCGUAGACGUGAGAUGCAGGCCAUCUCCAAAAUCGUUGAAACAAGAGAAUACCCUUAUAUUGAUGGCUUCUUUUGGAAGAAUAACGGCAAUACAAUCCAAAAGAAGACUGGCAAUAAGAGUGUUUAUUACAAGUGUUCCAAUAGUACCAAGGGUUGCCCUGUUAACAAAACUGUUACUUGGAAAGAUAACGGUGAAUACUUGAUCAAAUACAGAGGUGAACACCUCAUUGAUUGUGGCAAAGUUCAACGUAUUGUCGACAUGUAACCUUCCCCCCUCCUCAGAAUAAUUCUUCUAUGUCUACUUUUUUACUUUCACCCUUAAUCUGUAUAUAUUCUAUAUAGCUCCACUUCAUGCUACUGUAACAAUAUGAUCUAUGUAAUUUUAAUGUUUACUUACAAGACAAAAAGCAAGCAACGUUUCAUAUUUUUCGCCUUUAUUUCCUUGUACUUUUAUUUCCCUCCUCUUUCUCUCGCUCUCGAAUAAACAAAUUCAAAAAAAAAAAUUGUUGUUACUUUUAAGAUGACACGGUUGUAGACAACCAUCUGUUUAUGAAAAACUUUUUUAUUCUUGAUUCGUAAGAGAAAAAAAAAACUAAAUCAUCUGCGUUAGUUUGAUUCGAAAUUAAAGAAUUUCUUGGGCGUUUAGUACGUAAC